CACGCGAAUAUCUUGAAGAGCGGUGUGAUGAGUAAUCGUUCGUCGACGGAGAGGGAAAAAUAAUUUUGAUUAUCGAUGAUCGAAUGCACCAAGUGCCCUAUGAGGAAUGCACGCGGCUGUAAUCUGUUUUCGCGUCGAAACCUCUGAACGCGCCGUCGCCGCCACCGCCGCCGCCGUCGUCGUCACCGUCGCGUCGUCGUCGUCGUCGUCGUCGCCACCGCUGCCGCUACCGCGGGCUCGGGCGUUUCCGUGCGCGGGUGUCCGAGCCGAGGCGCUCCGGUCGACCGGUUGCUCCGACUCCGACGGCUGCAGUACGCGGCGAGACGCGAGCCAGUGUGCCGUAGCUUUUUUUCCAACGAUAAACGGCGUCGCGUCGAAUCCCGGUACCGCGGGCGCAUUCGAUUUCUUCACUCGCCUCACGUCGCGGUGUCUUCCCGAGUGUGGCGAGAGCCGCCCGAACGUCGGAUUCCGGAGGGUCGCGUCGCGUCAGGAACGAUCGACUGGAUCUCUCGAGGUAGCCAAAAAACCGGAAGUGCGACACACGCGGACACGUGGAGAAUCUGUUCGACGCCACGUUCCAGAUUUUUCGUUCUCACGAAUCGAUCUUGAUCCGUUUCGCACGAUCCCAAUCUUCUCCUCCGAUGCUCGAGAACGCGUCAUUGCAACGCGGAACACGUGGCGCGUAGCUUUUUUGUUUGUGAAUUGACUCACGAAAUAUAUCAGUGUGCGUGUGUAUAUGUGUGUAAGAGGAGAGGAAAAAAG